CACACACACACACACACACACACACACACACACACACACACACAGUAUCUGAGUGCUCACACUGUUACAUUAAGGUUAGGGUUUGUUAUUUGAGAACAGGAGACACUAUUGCUGCAUCAGCUCAGUUCAGGAGGAUCAAGUCCUGCACACAGGGUCAUGGCCUUUUUGAGGGGCGCAGUGAGGAGGGCGGAUAAGUAUCGGCGAGCCUUGGGUUCUCUUUACUGUACUGCACCUCGCUGCUACAGCGUUCAGAGUGAGCACACCACCGAGAAGAGCGUCCCCUACGCCAAGACCCUCAAACAGGAGGACAGUCAGGCCGGACCCACCAAACCUCUGCCCAAGUCUGCAGAUGCAGUGGUGAUUGGAGGGGGCAGCCUGGGAUGCCAGACACUGUACCACUUGUGCAAGUUGGGCAUGACCAAUGUGGUACUGCUGGAAAGGGACAGACUGACAGCGGGCACCACCUGGCACACUGCAGGUUUGUUGUGGCAGUUAAGGCCCAGUGAUACGGAGGUAGAGCUCUUGGCUCACACACGCAAUGUCAUCAGCUCAGAGCUGGAAGAGGAGACAGGACUGGAAACAGGGUGGAUUCAAAAUGGAGGCCUGUUUAUUGCCUCCAACAAGCAAAGACUUGAUGAGUAUAAACGCCUCAUGUCGUUGGGGAAAGUGUACGGCAUCGAGUCCUAUGUGCUCUCACCAGCUGAGACCAAAGAGCUUUACCCACUUAUGAAUGUGAAGGAUCUCUACGGUACUCUUUAUGUACCCAAAGAUGGUACAAUGGACCCUGCUGGUACCUGCACCACCCUGUCCAGAGCAGCCACUGCCCGCGGUGCAACAGUGAUUGAAAACUGCCCAGUGACUGGCAUUCAGGUAAAGACGGACCAUAUGGGAGUGAGGAGAGUGAAGGGAGUUGAAACGGAUUACGGCACUAUUGAGACUUCAUGUGUGGUGAACUGUGCAGGUGUGUGGGCCACCAAACUGGGUAAGAUGGCUGGGGUGAAUGUUCCUUUGAUUGCUAUGCACCAUGCAUAUGUGGUCACAGAGAGGAUUGAAGGAAUCCAGAACAUGCCUAAUGUAAGGGACCACGAUGCGUCCGUGUACCUACGUCUGCAGGGAGACGCGCUGUCCGUGGGAGGCUAUGAGCAGAACCCAAUCUUCUGGGAUGAGGUAUCAGAUAAGUUUGCCUUCAGUCUGUUUGAUCUGGACUGGGAUGUCUUCAUGCAGCAUAUUGAGGGAGCCGUCAACCGGGUACCUGCACUGGAACAGACCGGGAUCAAAUCCACUGUUUGUGGGCCAGAGUCCUUUACUGCGGACCACAAACCACUGAUGGGCGAGGCUCCUGAAGUGAGAGGUUUCUUCCUGGGAUGUGGCUUCAACAGUGCAGGCAUGAUGUUGGGAGGAGGCUGCGGUAAAGAGCUGGCACACUGGAUCGUUCACGGCCGCCCUGAAAAGGACAUGUAUGGUUACGACAUCAGGAGGUUCCAUCACUCACUAACCAACAAUAACCGCUGGAUCAGAGAGCGCAGCCAUGAGUCCUAUGCCAAAAAUUACUCGGUGGUCUUCCCCUUUGAUGAGCCUUUGGCUGGACGCAAUAUGAGACAAGACCCAUUUCAUCAGGUGCUGCUGGAACAGGGCUGUGUGUUUCAGGAGCGACAUGGCUGGGAACGACCAGGCUGGUUUAACAAAGAGGGACCAGCACCGGUUCUAGAUUAUGAUUAUUAUGGGGCCUAUGACAUUUCUGAGAACAGCAACUACAAAUAUAAUGAGCUUCUGGGCAAAGAGUACACCUUCGACUUUCCUCCUCAUCAUGACACGAUCAAAGACGAAUGUUUAGCCUGUAGAAACUCUGUGGCUGUAUUCAACAUGUCCUACUUCGGCAAGUUUUACCUGUCUGGUCCUGAUGCCAAGAAAGCAGCUGAUUGGCUGUUCACCGCUGAUGUUAACAAGGCACCAGGAUCUACUGUGUACACCUGCAUGUUGAAUAAGAAGGGCGGGACUGAGGCAGAUCUCACGGUCAGUCGGUUGGAAUCAGGCCCUGCCUGCCUCCCACUGGCACCUGAAUCUAAUGGAGAUGUGUACUACCUAGCUGUAGGAGGGGGUGUGGCACAGCACAACUGGAGUCACAUACAGACAGUUGUACAGGAUCAGGGCUUUAACUGUACCCUCACUGAUUACUCAGAGGACAUGGGCAUGAUCAGCAUCCAGGGACCUAAGAGUCGAGAUUUGCUGCAGGAGGUUCUUGAUGCCGACCUGAGCAAUGAGGCCUUCCUGUUUUCCACUCAUAAAAUUGUGACCGCUGCUGGACACAAGGUUCGAGCUAUGCGUCUGUCCUUUGUGGGAGAGCUUGGUUGGGAGCUGCACAUACCUAAAUCCUCCUGUCUUCCUGUCUACAAUGCUGUCAUGACUGCUGGUGCAAAGUAUGGUGUCCAAAACGCAGCCUAUAGAGCGAUCGACUCGCUUAGCAUUGAAAAAGGCUACAGACAUUGGCAUGCUGACCUUCGCCCUGAUGACACCCCCCUGGAGGCAGGUCUUGCAUUCACCUGCAAGAUGAAAUCAUCCAUCCCGUUUCUUGGUCGUGAAGCACUGGAAGCCCAAAAGUCCAAGGGCUUGCAUCGUCGAAUCGUCUGCUUUACCAUCGACGAGAAAGUGCCCAUGUUUGGUUUGGAGGCGAUCUUCCGAAACGGCGUUCCUGUUGGCCACCUGCGUCGUGCCGAGUUUGGCUACGCCAUCAAUAAAACCAUUGGCUAUGGAUAUAUCCGAAACCCAGAUGGAGGAGUGGUGAGCCCUGACUUUAUCCGCAGUGGUGAGUUCACUCUGGAGAGAAUGGGUGUUGUGUAUAAGGCCAAAGCUCACCUGAAAUCCCCCUUCGACCCCGAGAACAAGCGUGUUAAGGGCAUCUACAGUGCAGAGUAAAUGUCUCGAACUCACCUCUGAAGCUGCAGGAGGUAAAGCUAAACAUUCAUGGAGAGCGGUUCAUGUUUGUGAGGAUCCAGGAAUGAAAAGCUGCUAUUUUUCUUCAUGGAUAGUGUUUAAAGAUAUGAAGAGAGAUAAACAAGCUGGAAAAACCACCACAAGCUGGAAGGUAAACUAACAGUCUUAAAUGAACAAAACUUAAAAAAUUAUUAGUACUUAAUUUAAAUGAGUAUAAAUAUUACAGAAUUGUCUUUUAUAUGGAGCGUGGUUACACAGACGUGAAGACUUUGGUACGUUUUUUAUAAUGGAGACUGUGUGGCAGUUUACAUGUGUAUACAGUUUACACACAUUUCACAUUGGCACAGUGCUGCUCUGUUAAUUGAUUUACUUAAGCUGUAAGCUUAUUAUUUCUGAGAGGGAUCAGUGUAACUAAAGCUAAGGUAUCCACACAUGUACACACACAUCCGGGAGAAGCAAAGUGUUUAUAAGAUUUCUUGAAUCUGAGCAUCACUUUAGGCUUGUAUUGUACAUGAUGUGAAAUCUGUUUCCGAUUAAAGAUGAACAAGAUUAUGUCAUGAUAAUGAAAUAGUUGUGUGUAAUUCUUAAAUUACUAAGAAUGUUUAAAAACUGUUACCCUAACUUGUAACACAAAAUAAAUGACUAAAAUUUCA